AUGUCGCUCGCUGACAAAGACACUCGGACUGCUCCUGCGAUCCAUGAUAUUCCCCUCAAUGACCUGGAGUCAGGCCCCCAUGGAAGCAAGUCGUCCUUCAACUGGACGAAUCUAUCCGACUACACCCCCUCCAAUGUGCUCGCACGUCCUGAUCGGCUGUCUUCACACGUACAACACGUCACAGAUCACUGGCAGGAAUGUUUAGAACGUUGGCUUAAAAGAUUGGGCAUCGCGCUCACACCGAGCUAUCUGCAACAUUUGGUGGGCGGGGAGCCUCCCCAGUCCACGAAACUCCAUGCGAUCGCGGCGCUGGAUGGCUUGAGAGGCUGGGCCUGUCUGCUGGUCUUCAAUUUCCAUUUUCUUUUCACCUACACAUGGAAAGUCGCAGUGGGGUGGGGUUUUAAUAACGAGAACUACGGGAUCCUCCACCUUCCCAUCUUUCACCUCCUUGUCUCCGGCCACAUCAUGGUUGCUAUCUUCUUCGUGAUUUCGGGAUAUGUGCUAUCCUACAAGCCUCUGAAGAUGAUCCGUACUCGCUCCUGGGAGCAAACAUUGGCUACUUUAGCGUCCUCGACCUUUCGUCGCGGUCUCCGGCUGUACAUUCCCUCCAUUGUCGGAAUCGUUCUGGUCCUUGUUGCCGUGCGUCUCGGCGUCUACAACUACUCGCUUAAAGUCAUCAAUGAAGGACACACCAUCCUCGGCACGAACGAGCAGCAUCCUCCUCUGAUGAAGUCCUUUACCAAACAAUUUUGGGACAUGUACCUCACGGUGGUGCACCUCAUGGACCCCUGGAACUGGGCGCUCUACUACAACUAUUACAACCCACACCUGUGGACGAUUCCAGUGGAGUUCCGGUGCUCGAUUGUCCUCUUCCUCGCCAUCAUCGCAACCUCGCGCGUUACAGCCGUUGCUCGCCUCUGCCUGGUUAGCGGCCUAGUCUGGUUCUGUAUGCGCUGGGGCCGGUGGGACGUCGUCCUGUUCCUGUCUGGCAUGCUCAUGGCUGAAGCCGAUCUGAUCAACGGUGCAUGGGAGCGCCUAUCCGCAGAUGAAAAGCUCAUGCACCGCACCCGUUCCACCCUCUCACGCCGCAAAUUCUGGAUUGCCCUCUUCAUCUUCGGCCUCUAUCUGGGCUCCGCUCCGAUCACAGGCUACAAGUGGACACCCUUCUACUGGUGGACCUGGAGAAUCACCCCCAAGACCUACCCCGAACCGCACCGCUUCCCGCAGACGCUCGGUGCAGUCCUGAUCGUCUUCAGCAUAAACCACUCCAAGGAUAUCCAGAAGCUCUUCGUCAACCCACUGUCGCAAUAUCUGGGCAAAAUCUGUUUUGCCUUCUACAUCGUCCAUGGCCCUAUCCUGCAUUCCCUGGGCUACUCGCUUAUGCCGAAUAUCUGGAAAAUCACCGGCAAGGAGACAGAUUUCCAGUACUGCCUGGGGUUCUUGGUCGGGUGGCUCAUUUGCUUGCCCGUUUCCCUCUGGGCGGGCGACGUCUUCUGGCGCGCCGUCGACAUUCCCAGCGUCAAAUUCGCCCGGUGGGUGGAGGAUAAAGUGCUUGUCAAGAUGACCGGGCGGCAGAAUUCAACGCCGAACGCACAUAUGCACUAA